AUGAAAUUGCUACCAUCGCUUUUGGUGGGUGUAUUGGUUUUUACAAUCACGGAAUUUACGGAAUGCGCGGACCCCACAACAAAAGCCCCAGACGCAGGUUCUCCAACUCAAGCUCCAGCAGGUGGAUCUCCAACACCAGCUCCAGGAGGAGGAUCUCCUACACCAGCUCCAGCAGAUGGAUCACCAACACCAGCUCCAGCUGGAGGAUCCCCAGCGCCAGCACCUGGUAGUCCCUCACCAGGGCCUCCUGCGGGUUCUUCACCAGUAACUCCUGGUGGCAGGUUGGGACGUACUGGUGCCGGGCUUGUCGGACUUGAUGUGGUCGGAGAAAUGUUUCCGGUGGUUGAGUAA